GCCUGUACAGCCGUUUCACGGGCCUCGAGGAGCUGUGUGGACUUACAGUCGUGUGCAAGUAUUGCUGAGAAGCCACAGCAGCACAGGCGUAAGCGUGCAGGCGCGGCCGCUUCAUUCCUACACAGCUCUCAGAGCUUUUGAAACAAGGAGCCGCGGCGCGGAUGGACCCCGCCGACACGUCCGCCGGCCUCGCGACCCGCGUCACGCACGCCCUCAAACUGAGGAGGCAGCCGACGACGCGCUACGACGAGGCCACGAAGGCGCUCACGGAGACGGCGAACGAGGCGAGCAAAGCGCUCGAGGCCAUCACGUCGCAGGCCUCCAAGGCCUUCUCGCUCCAGGCCUACUGGGACCAGGCGCUCGAGAGCGCCGGCGCGGCGACGUACCGGGGCCUGUCGCAGGUCUCCGAGCCCCUGGCCAAGUCGUUUGUGGAAUUCGGGCUUUGGACCCGCGGCCACGGCCUCGGGAGCGGCACGCGGUCCGUGGCCGUGCCUUUGAGUGUGUUGUGCUUUGGCGGGGUUUUCUUGGCCUAUAAAUUGGGUGCGGCGGACGCUUUGUUUAGACGGUGGCUGGAGCGGAAGCUAUCCUCAUCGCUAGGAACACGUACCUCGAUCAAGUCCGUCCAAUUGUCACUCUCGGGAAGGUUAGAGGUGAAAGGCGUGCGCGUGGACGACUGGAACGGGCGCCGGCCCGCGGCGCUGCGCAUCGGGUCGGUCGAGGCGAACGUCGGCAUGCGGUCCGUCAUCGCGUGGUUCCUCGCUAGACGGGACGAGCCGCCGCCGCCCAUGGUGCUCAUCGAUCCUAGAUUUGCGGAAGUCACGCUGCGGUUACGACGGGAGCCGGACGGCCUCUUCAACUGGGCGUCGGCGAAUAGGAAAGUGCGGGACGCGCGCAAAGCUUCACUAACAACAAGGCGCCGCAUUUCGGUCAACCAGGAGCUCUCGGACCACAGCGACGCGACGUCCAGCGACUCAGAGCCGGGGCCCCGCGCGUUUUAUUUAUUGCCGCUCGACGCGUCGUCGUCGUCGUCGGGUGACGAGGUUGUUUCUGCGCGAGACGCCUACGGCGCGCGCUGGUGGCGGCGGCGCGACGUGGCGCGCUUCGCGGAGAGAUGUGGGGCGUCGUUGAGGGCCACGCGCGUGGCGCUCGAAAGGUCGGCGCAGCGGGACCAUCGCCGGUCGCCCUCGUUGACGCGCGCGGAACGGCGGGCGGCUCGCAGAGCGGACGCGUUCGAGCAGUGGUGCUCGAACCGACCGCGAGACGUGCUGAGGGAUGUGGCCGUGCAGCUGAGAAGGGACCUGGCCUACGGCGCGACGGAAAAUGUCCGAGAAAACGACACGCGCCCCACGACGAAGCCGUCUUCAUCAAGGCGCUUCCCGAAUCGAGCGCGGCUGCCUCUCGGGCUGCGCUUCGUCGCCGUGCGCGUGGAUUUGUGGGACUGCCCGGUGUUAGUCGACGCGUGCGCCGUGUCGCCGGACGAAUUGAUUCUGGACGACGACGUACUGAACGCCUACUCCAUUUAUUCUCCUUCAUUAGAUGAUGCCGGGUCCUUCUCGCCGGGCGACGUGGGGGCGGCUCUGGCAGAGAAACUUGUGGAGGCGGUUGUUGUGGAUACGCCGGACGUCGCGCGGACGCUGGCGGGGGCCCUGGCCCGCGACCUCGUCGCGCGCGACGCGCGGCGGGCCCUGCGGCGCGCGUUCCUGCUCGAGGCGCGCUCGGAGCGGCGGCGGCGGCGGCGCGCGCGGCGGUCGCACCGGCGGGCGUUCUGGGCCUGGUCGCCGGGCGAGGGGCGGGGGGCGCCCCAGUAA